AUUUUCAACCACCACAUCUGCCACUAGAAAUACCCCCUCUAGUUUUCUGAAGCAACCCAUUCCGUCGGUGUGUUCGGACAGCGCUCGCUCCGAUUGUAGCCAUGAGCAUGCUCAGGCUUCAGAAGCGCCUGGCCUCCAGUGUGCUACGCUGUGGCAAGAAGAAGGUCUGGCUGGACCCCAAUGAGACCAAUGAAAUUGCCAACGCAAACUCCCGGCAGCAGAUCCGUAAGCUGGUGAAGGAUGGUCUGAUCAUCAGGAAGCCGGUGACGGUGCACUCGCGUGCCCGCUGCCGCAAGAACACGUUGGCGCGUCGCAAAGGCCGCCACAUGGGCAUUGGUAAGAGGAAGGGUACGGCCAAUGCCCGCAUGCCUGAGAAGCUGUGCUGGAUGAGGAGGAUGAGGAUCCUGCGGCGUUUACUACGCCGAUACAGAGAGUCCAAGAAGAUUGACAGGCACAUGUACCACCACCUGUAUCUGAAAGCCAAAGGAAACGUCUUCAAGAACAAGCGUAUUCUCAUGGAGCACAUCCACAAACUCAAGGCAGACAAGGCCCGCAAGAAGCUCCUAUCUGACCAGGCGGAGGCGCGUCGUACUAAGACCCGUGAGGCUCGCAAGCGUAGGGAGGAGCGUCUGCAGGCUAAGAAGGAGGAGAUCAUCAAGACUCUCUCCAAGGAGGAGGAGACCAAAAAGUAAAAUCAAACGUACAUUAGUUAAAAACUCCUCCUUAUACUCCCUAAAAAUAUCACCGUUCUUAUUAUUUUGUCUUUCUUCUUUUGUCUAUUGUGAAAAUGAUGUUAUUGUACAGACAGAAUGGAAUGUACAGUGAAUGAGAGUAAGUUCUGUUUCCACUAAGAAUAAUAAUCUAAUAAAAUGAAAUGUUUUCUUUC